CAGAACUCGACCGCUAAGUAGAGAUAAUGAAGUGGGCCGACGACCUUGAACUUCGCCGCCGCCAAUCACAAGCCGCCGCCGCCGGGUCUGUGUCCCCCACAGCUGAUCGCUGCGCAGAUCGGGCUCUCUCGGCGCCACACCGGGCAGAGCGCGCGCGCCGAAGCCCUUCCAGCAGCUCGCGCAGACCGAGGCGACCAAGUGCGAAGGCGGAUGAGAUCGGGGAUUUAAUUGUAUACACUUUAGACUUCUCAUUUCGGAUUGGGCGCCAUGGGCGUGUGGGCGUGGGUGGCGCUGGCGGCGGCGCUGCUGGCGACGGCGGGGUACGCGCUGCUGGUGUGGCGCUACGGCUACUGGCGGCGCCGCGGGGUGCCCGCGCACCGCCCGCUGCCGCUCGUCGGCUCCUUCCUGGACGCCGCCCUCUUCCGGAAGACGGUCGGCGAGGUCUACAGGGACAUCUACAGACAGUUCUCGGGGCAGCCGGCGUGCGGCUACUUCAAGUGCCUGCAGCCGGCCCUGCUGCUGCGGGACCCGGAGCUGGUGGGCACGGUGCUCGUCAAGGACUUCUCCAGCUUCAAGGACAACGACAUCUACAUGCCAACCGACAUCGACCCCAUGUUCGGGCGCAGCCCCUUCUCUGAGAAGGGCGACAAGUGGAAGCUGGUGCGCGGGCAGCUCACCUCCACGUUCACGCCUGCGCGCAUGCGCGGCCUCAAGGAGCAGCUCAUCCAGACCACGGAGGAGAUCAGCGACUACCUCAGGAACGAGAGCAACAGGGAAGCUGGCAUCGACGUGAAGAAAAUGGCGGCGAUGGCGGCCACGGACGCCGUGGCGCUGUGCAUGCUGGGCGUGCGCGGCAACGCCCUGCGGGACAAGGCCAGCGAGUUCGGCAGCAUGUGCCGCUUCCUGCUGGACGCCGGGCUGUGGGACGCCAUCAACAUCAUCGUCUUCCUGCUGCUGCCCACGCUCUCCCACGCGCUGCGCAUCCGAUUUGUGCCGGAAUCCGUUGCCCAGUUCUUCCGCAAGGUGGUGCGAGAGGCGACCGAUGUGCGCCAGAAAUCCGGCCUCAAUAAUCCCGAUUACCUGCAGUUGAGCAUCGCCGUACGUGAGAAGUAUCCAGAGUUCACGGAGGAGGACGCGGCGGCGCACGCGUGCAUGUUCUUCAUGGACGGCUUCGAGCCCACGUCGACGACGCUGGCGCUGGCGCUGUACCACGUGGCGCUGGACGGCGCCGUCCAGGCGCGUGCCGCCGCGGAGGUGGACGCCGUCCUCGCCCAGCACGAGGGCUGCCUCGACUACGACACCGCGCAGGACCUCAAGUACAUCGACAUGAUCGUCUGCGAGACGCUGCGCAUGUACCCGCCGCUGCGCUCGCUGGACCGCGUGUGCACGCAGCGCCACGAGCUGUCGCUGGGCGCGGGCGCGGGCAGCGUGCAGCUGGAGCCGGGCACGCCCGUCGUCAUCCCGGUGCACGCGCUGCACCACGACGCGCGCUUCUACCCGCAGCCCGAGCGCUGGGAGCCCGAGCGCUUCGACGAGGAGCGCCGCGCCGCGCGCCCCAAGUUCACCUUCCUGCCCUUCGGGGAGGGCCCGCGCAUCUGCGUCGGGCAGCGCUACGCGACGACGGUGAUGAAGCUGGCGCUGGCGACGGUGCUGCGCGACUACCGACUGGAGCCGCGCCCAGACACCCCGCGCGCCGUCUCGCACGACCUCAACUCCGCCUUCUACCUCGCCCCGCGGGAGACGCUCCGCCUGCGCUUCCUGGAGCGCGAGUGAGGGCGGGGCCGGAGCCGCUGGCGGAGGCGCCGGCGGCAGACGCCCCCCCCCCCCCGGGGGGGAGGGGAGAACCGACUCAGGAAUCGCAAGGAAAAGGACGGCGCGCAGCAAUUAUAAAACGUAUCACCCUCAUUAUCACCAACAAUACCAUUUCCGUUGUCACCAGGGUCGGAUUUAGGUACUGUGGACUCCCAUGCACAAGCAGUUUUGGCCUGUCUACGGUAGGUUUCUUCCUCCAUUUAACUAAAAAUGUAAUAUUUUAGAAAAUAUUUUUUUAAGUACAAACUUUUUAGUACAGUUCACUAUUUUGGACAUCAAUUAUUUCACAAAUACAUAUUUUAUAAUUUUUUGUUCGAAUAUUGCAUGACGAGGGACGUCCCGUGGCUAAAAACUGCUUAUUUUGCUUCACUAUAAGCAAAACAAGUAGAUACAUGCGGCCUUGCCAUUAUCAUCAUGGUUGUUUUUAAUAAUCAUAAUUAUAUGAACCAUUAACCUCGUCUUCUGCAGAGCGAGUACCGCGUCCCACAAUAGUGGAGGCGAGGGGAGAGACGGCUUCACAGCAGUCCAUGGGCAGCAUUGUGUUGGGGAAGGGUGGUUGUCUAGCGAUGUCAGAAGCGAAUGGGACAGAACUGACUUAGGAUUCACAAGGAAAGGGAUUAGUGAACAGAUUUUACGAAACACAUAACAGCAUCAGAAACAUCAUUAUCAUGACCACGUCACUCUUUCGUCACCAAUUUCAUCAUCGUCACUACCAUUUACUUCAUAAUAGUCAGCAUCAACAGGAUCAUUAUUAUCAGUCGCCCCCGGCGAAAUCGCCGUGGGAAUUUCCGUCAGAAGGGCCGUGGGUUCGAAUCUCGCUUGAGUAUGGAUGUUUACCCUUGUGGGUGUCCACCCCGCCAAGCAUAAUCUUCCCCAUCGCAUCCUAUCGUUCCUGGCCUGUCCGGAUAGCGUGAAGGUGACGACGUGUUUGCGACAUACGCAUUGCACCUAACAGAGCCCAUUCCAGAAGUUGAUGUCUCCCUGCUGGGAACAGUUUGGGGCCGGCGCCGCCAGGUCGCGUGCAGUACAGGCUUACGUCCACAGCCAGCACUAGCAAGGCGCGACUGUGGUGCAAUGGCAUGGGGGAGCCACUGUGCAGCCUAACCGGCUUCGGCUAAUGAGCUUCAUGUACCAGUUUGCUCAGUCACAAUUUUAGCGGCAAUUUUAAAUGCAUCCACACUCCAAAAAUAUCACCUUGUUACAAGUUCUUGAAACAGCUAUAUGAAGCUCUUUUUCAAUAUUGCAUCUUUUACUUUAAAUACAUCUUCAUCGUAUUAUUGUUGGUUGAUAACAGUUGAAAAUUGUUACUUUAUGCCCUUUUCAAAAUGCUUCUCCAUUCUUCUUGCUCUGCAUACAAAAUGGCGGCCAACGUCUGCUCCCGCUUUUCAAACAAAGCGUCCGAGUUGGGCGCACGUGAUUCACAAUGUUUCUGGUGCUGCGCAGAACCAGGAAAAAUUCGGUGCACCGGAGCUGCUCACCCUGCCAUUGCAUCGUGGGUGCGACCAUGUUCCUCCCCAUCUCGCUAAUGUCCAACUGAGCCCACAGAGGCCCGCGGGUCACGCUUGUAAAGUGUGGCGUGGCAUGGACGCAUUGAUUGUAAGAACCUGCGGGCCACAUCCAGCGAUGGGAUGAAGGAACAAGGUAGGUACCAUGGUGAUGGGACGUAGAGAACGAGCCAGGCCCAGCCAAUGGUGAAAGCAUUGAAAAUCGUAGCGUCACUAGAGCACGCACACAUCACUAUCAUCAUAAUCGACAUCACUAUAUGCGUCGCUAAUAUCAUUGCCAAUAUCAUUACCAUCAUCAUCAUCAUCUUCAUCAGAGUUCUGCCUGUUGGCAGGUUCCCGCAUGCAUCUAACACGCUUUCCUUUUGUCAGUCUUGCAGUAGUAUCCAUUAACUAUUACAUUGUUCAACAACUGGAAUACCCUUUGUUCCCCUGUUAUUUCUUCCCUAUCGUUUUAUUUACUGAACAUUGCCUUCACAAGCAGGCGUCUGUCAUAUACAUUUUUCAUGUUUAAAUGACCAGCAAUACAGUCUUCCUUUCUCUCUUUCUUCACGAAUUUUUUUCAGCAUUUCCUCAGUACCUUUUUCAUGCAAAUUAUUUUCUCCAUUUUUCUCAUGGCCACAUCUUGAAUAUCACAAACCUUCCUCUUGCUUCUUACUCAGUGAACAAGACUCUGCACCGUAAACAUACACACUUCAUACAAAAUAAUCAAAACACGUAUAUAAUGUGAUACGCGUGAUAAGUUUGUUGUGCAAAUUCUUAGCAAAAGGCAAUUUUCACACAGGAAAUAUUGGUCACUUUUCAUUAUCAUGCUACUUAUAAACAUUUAAGAAUUGAUGAAAUGAAAAUUGAUAAUAUUAUUAUCUGAUGUUUGAAAAAGGGUGUAAUUUGUUUUAUAUCCCGUUCUUAUCCGAUAGGCGCUGUCAAUUAAACGAUUAAAUAAAAAUAAAGAUAUUAUGUGUCUUCGAAAUGUAAAUAUAUCGUCCACUUUUCGCAAAUAGUUAAUAUAAAAUUUAUCUAUUUGACGAAGGAGUUAUUCCCUCAGGAGAAAUUAAUAUUAAAAUAAAAAGGUCUCGCAAUUGUUCACUUUUGCCUGAGGCCGACGAGAGGGGCACCCAAAUACAUCGCAAGAUGGCGAGAAGGGAGAAAGAUGAGGAGCGCCUCGUGAAACUCAAGAAAGAGGCAGCUGCUGAAUUUUCGUGAAAAUACAGAGCAAAUUAGUAAUAUUUUUCGUGGGAUCAGAGAGAAAAACAGAUGAUUUUCCAGGCGUGAAACGCUUGUUGACAACGUAAGCAGUACAUGGAUGACAAUUUUCACGAGUAAAAAUCACUUUACACCGAAAAAUGUAAGCUUUUAACUAAAUAUUUCUCAUAAUAUUAAAAAAAAUAUUAUAUAAAAUUGCAAUUUGAUGUCUGAAAUGUGUGGAAAGAAUGUUGAAAUUGUUUUAUAGCGUCAUGUGAACGUAGAUUCAGUCAGGUAACUCUAGUGAACCAUUCGAAAUUCCAUGUUGCGUAAGUUCUGAUUUAAUUUUUUAUCUAAAACCAAUGCAAUUACGAAAAUAUUUUACGAUUAGUAACAUAAAUAUAAUUUACAAUUAAGAGCUUCCUGAAAGGGGUUUGAAUUGUAUGUUUACAGAAACAGUAGUCAUCCGAAGUACUAUAACAAUGGGAAGAUAAUGCAAUUCACAUAUAUACUUUAAAUUUGAAAUAUUAUGUAAAUGUGUUAUUCUUUAUACAUUUAAAACUUUGUAAACAUCGAAUUUUAAUAGUUUUAUUGGACUAUAGUAAUCAUAAAAAUAAUAUAUUUUCAUAUUUCAUUAUAAAAUAUUAUUAUAAUAGUGUCUCUUAUUUAUGAACUUUUUAUUACACCCAAAUUAUCUAGUGAUUGCUUGUGACUGAGAAACACCCUAACAAUCUGACCCAGGGUCUCUCAUAUUGCAAAUCAUAUCGUAUUACACCACUUCCAAACGGCUACGGCGAAAUCUUCCGCUGUUUCCGAGUGCCGAUUGCAUGUGUGUAUGUGAAAUCGACAAAUGCUGUUUGCACUAAAUAGAAGGCAGCAUUAUAAUAUGCCGUUGAAUUAUACCUGAAAGUGAAUAUUGUGUAUGAGUGUUGAAUUUAGAAAGUAUUUUUUAUGUACACUGCAUUUUUCAAUGUUCAAAUAAUCAAUGUGGUUAUAUUUUUGUUAUCACUGUAAAUACAAGCAAAAAUACAAAAAGGAAUGCACAAUA